GCUUAAUUCGACAUUUGCGGCAAUUCGACCGAAUCCCGCGGACCCGCCAGGGUCGAAUUAACGGGAGUCGAUUGGUUACUUUUCAAAUUUUGCUGUUCGGGAUGGCCACCUACGAAGAAGACUCGUGUGACUCUAAUAAUUAAAGGCUAACGUAGUCUCUUAUACUCUUUGUACCGGCGCUUUGCCUGUCCUGGCCUACAAAUUUGCAACUUCUCUUCGCUCUCGUUAACGAUCAAGACUUACGAUGCAUUGUAUAAAUCAAAUCUUUUGCCAUGACCGGUACCAUCGGUGCUGCUGUGCAUGUUGCGCACAAGCUAAUUUCGCAGUUCUUCUCUUGCGUCGUAUGCUCUACCCUGUGCAGCGUAGUCUCUCGAGCUGUUAUACGAGCCACGCAGAAAGGAAAGUUGACUGCGGCCUACGCAUGCGCACCACAGGAGGAGCUUCUGUACAUGCGCGCCAAGGGCCUCUCCUGGAAGCACAUCGAGGAAGCGGAAAAGGCCGGGGAGCGUCGCCGCAGGGCCGCCGCCUUCAUGCUCUUCCUUACUUGCGGCAGCCUCGGCUGCUUCCUCUGCGUCAGGCUGUACACUGUCGGUGACACGACCACGGAAAGCGAUUUCUUCGUGCCGACGGACAAGCCCGGCGUGCUCAACUCCACGCACGAGUGGCCGAGCGCGUUGCCCGCCGGGCAACCGACGCGGGAGGUGUCGGCCGGACUCGGCGGCGGCGGCGGCUCGAGAUUUGCCUUCGCCCCGGAAAAGCCGGUUCAACUCGGACGUCUGCGCCCCAGUGCCGAGCUCGCUGCUCGUCCGACGAACAAGGAUGGAUUCCUCGGCUCUUCAACGACAGUGGCGGCGAACGCGCCUGCCUCGUCGGACGCGACCGUCGCGCCAACGGAAGCGAACUCGGGACCUCCCGGCGAUCGCGAUAGCGAUUAGUGCGCGCGAACAUGUUUGACGCGGUUGCGUGUAUACGUCCCCUUAAGUCAAGUGGCCGUAGUACGCUGCCAGUCCUUAACAAUUUCACUUAUUUUUUUUCUUUUGUGUCUUUGUUUACGUAGUCUUUCUUCUCUGGAUUCCACUCGAAGCGUCACCUAGCUGGCUCACCUAUGCUAGAAUACUGCUGUUCCUGCGCGCGUCAGCCGUCUCGUAAACAAAUUUUCCUAACCUUUUUUCCAGUAAUAAAUCGUUCUGUUCACAUUUAAA